AUGGAAAAGAGGAAAUCUCUCGCUGCCACUCUUCAAACUACCCUGGCCAAAAACAAUGAACUGGAGACUGAAAAGGCCGCUUUUGCUGCUCGGAUCAAGAGCUUGGAGGAGGAAAAUAAUCGUCUCAUGUCCUACGUAGUGCGUCAGUCGAAGGUGGCAGAGGAAGCUCUGGCAGAGGAGAAGUCACAUGGUGAAUCGCAAGAGGCUGAGCUGAAAUCGCUGCGUUCCCUGAACGCAGAGAAACAACAAUGCUUGGAGGAACACCGGUUGCAGAAUGAAUCGCUCGUUCUCCUCAACAGGGAAUUUAGGAAUCGUGUUAACGUAAGAUUACGCUUUUUCCUUGCCGACAACUUUUGUGUCACCUAUAUGCACGAAUUAAUAUUACCAAGCAAAGUGCUUUGGGAAUAA